ACAUCCGGAACAUCCCUAGCAAUUUUGUUUUGAAAAGAUUUGUUUAUAAAAAAACUCGAUUUUUCGCGUUUCAAGAAUUUUAUUGUUUAAACAACGAUUUGUUUCUAAAUUUAUAAACAUAAAUGUGAAAUCUGUGAAAAGCAAAUAGUGGUUGAUUCCUGCAGAAACAUCCUGCCGAUACGUGUUCCCUGAGAUUUAUUCUCUUCGACGUCUGAUACUAAUUUACGCAAUGGCCACGGGCCCAUCCGAAUGCAGCAGUCGGGGGAACAGAGGUAAAAAUUUUACCCUCAAAUUAGACCGGCAAAUCUGCCGCUCGUGGAUUCACGCGAAACGGCAAGAGGAGCUAGGCGAUGAGGGCGCGGCAACCGAUGAAAUCCGAUCAGUUCCAUUCAACGUUUGGGACACGCUUUACGAGCAUGCCAUCUUCCAUGAUCCUGAUUUCGAAAAACGAUCCCCUGACGGAUUGCGCCACAGGCUUACGAUAAUUCAGGGCAGGGUUCGCAAAUUUGCCGAUUGCUACCUGGUGGCUAUCAGAGAGGAAAAGGAUCCCAAAACGGCUUUGGUGAAAGGGUUGCAGUACUACAAAGAAAGCCAAAAGGCGAACUUUCAGUUUCUAAGCUGCUACUUGAUAUUGAAGCAACAUCCGAAGUUCCAGGAUUUGCCCGAAAUUAACUCAAACGACAUUCCAGCUGAAGCAAACGUAAUGAUGGAUAAUGAGCAAAGGGGGAUAAACAUUUCCAAAAGUAAUAGCGUCGGCAUCAGUGACGAAGCUGACUACUUUAUUACAGCCCAAAAUACAUCCGAGAGUAAUCAAAAACAAGUUAGAGGUAAAAAUUUUACAAUUGAAAACGAUGUGCAUAUUUGCCUUUCCUGGGUUCAUGCGAAAAAUAUCGAAGAGCUAGACUGCAAUGCGUGUGGAUUGGUGCCAUUCAAUUUUUGGCAAACUCUUUACCAUCAUGCCGUUUCGAAAAAUCCAGAAUUAAAAGCUCGCACCGUCCAAGGAGUGCACAACAGAUUCGUCAAAAUUCAACGUACAGUUGAAAAGUUUUUUAAACAUUACAAUGCCGUCGUAGAACAUGAAAAUGAUCCAGACCAGGCUCUAGAAAAAGCCAUUCGGCGCUAUGCGGAACAACACCGUGAAAAGUUUAAGUUUCUGGAGUGCUUCCACAUUUUCCAGAAAUUUCCAAACAUGCGAAAACAACCGAAUGCAGCAACUAUUUCGUCGAUAAAAGUGGAGCAAAGAUUUAGUUCUGACGAGCAAGAAGCAUCGAAUGUAUCCGGAGACAAUCAUAAGUCGCAACCGUUUUCUCCCGAGGACUUAGCUGAAGGAACGCCAAUUUGUAGCAGCAAAACUGACUACUUUAUUACAGCCCAAAAUACAUCCGAGAGUAAUCAAAAACAAGUUAGAGGUAAAAAUUUUACAAUUGAAAACGAUGUGCAUAUUUGCCUUUCCUGGGUUCAUGCGAAAAAUAUCGAAGAGCUAGACUGCAAUGCGUGUGGAUUGGUGCCAUUCAAUUUUUGGCAAACUCUUUACCAUCAUGCCGUUUCGAAAAAUCCAGAAUUAAAAGCUCGCACCGUCCAAGGAGUGCACAACAGAUUCGUCAAAAUUCAACGUACAGUUGAAAAGUUUUUUAAACAUUACAAUGCCGUCGUAGAACAUGAAAAUGAUCCAGACCAGGCUCUAGAAAAAGCCAUUCGGCGCUAUGCGGAACAACACCGUGAAAAGUUUAAGUUUCUGGAGUGCUUCCACAUUUUCCAGAAAUUUCCAAACAUGCGAAAACAACCGAAUGCAGCAACUAUUUCGUCGAUAAAAGUGGAGCAAAGAUUUAGUUCUGACGAGCAAGAAGCAUCGAAUGUAUCCGGAGACAAUCAUAAGUCGCAACCGUUUUCUCCCGAGGACUUAGCUGAAGGAACGCCAAUUUGUAGCAGCAAAAGAAAUCUUCACGACGAGGCGCACGAAAAACCUGAUAAAAAUUCAACACCCUUAAGCCAAUUUAUUAGAGGUAAAAACUUCUCCGUUAGUGAGGAUAAAGUACUAUGUCAGUCAUGGGUCCAAGUAAAAGAAGCAGAAUCUAUCAGUUCAGAGCCGUUUGAUCUCUGGCAAAAUAUUUAUGACCAUGCUAUUUCCAAAGAUUCCAGUUUCAGUUCUCGACCAGUAACUAGCCUAAGAAGUAGAAUGCAAAUAAUAAUGAAAUCUUCGCGGCAGUUCUCCGCAUGUUACAAAAAUUACCUCAUUGAGGAAACACAGACUGACACAGAUGACAAUGCUUUGCAAGAGGCGUUACAGCUUUACAAAUUCAAUUACAAGGAACAUUUUAAAUUCCUUAACUGUUGGUUCAUUUUGAGACAAAAUUCAGAAUUUAAGCACAUGACGCAACAUACACCGACCGUAAAAGCAGACGUUUUAAAACCGGUACAAAAUGAGAAGGCCUUGUUAGAUCGUCGAAAGGGAGCCCAAAAAGUGACUGUUCGUCGAGAUGAAUUACAGGCUCUAUUGAAGGCAGCUUGCGACAUAGGCCUAGAAGAGGCUCGUUCUAGAGGAGAACCAAUAGAAAGCCUAUUCUACGACGUGCUACAACAGAUGGCUGCGUAUGGUGAAUUCAUCGCGAGAAAACUUCCAAUGCUCAAACAUAUGUACGAUGAAACGGAGCUCCACUAUAAAUGUGAUCAGCUAAAGCCGUAUCCCCCGGAGGCAAGAAUAUUAUGGGGCAGACGUGGAACCAGCGAGGAAGAAAAAACAAACGACGAGGAUUGGGAGCAGUUAAUACAAUGCAUAUUAGAUGACAGAAAAGGUUCGUCCUUUCUGUCUGGUUUGGAGACCAAAGAGCUGAUACGGCAAGCAGUCAAAAGGAAAGUGGAAUCGGCUUCAAACAUCGAGAAGGGCAUCAUUUUCAACCAUAUUCAUAAAGAUAUGCAAGCAAAGAGGCUUUGCCGACGAAAGACUGUGAAUCAAUUGAUGCAAGAUUAUCACAGACUGAAGGAACAGUAUCUCAGCGGGUCUUGUAAAAGUUUACCACCAGAAGCUGCUAAUCUAUGGGUGUCCGGAAAGACUGAAUGUACAGAGGAGGAGAUAACAGAGCCGAUCGAACAUAUUGAUUUCGAUGAAUCUAACGUGAAAAAAGAAACGGAUGUUUGUCGUAUCUGCCAGGCAGAACUGCUCCAUGAUGCCAAGGACCUGUUCUUUGAUAUAUACAAUGCACAAACGUAUGCCGACAUCAUAAGUGAAACCAUAAAUGUGAAGAUGGAUAGUGGUAGCUUGCAGUCGAAAUUAAUUUGUGGUAGCUGUUCAGGCUUCAUAGAAGGUCUUUCGACUUUUGUGCAACAGUGUCAAAAUAGCUGUACUUCAUUCAAGGCAAACCAAGAAAAAUCUUUAAUUACCGAAAUCACUAAGCUAGAGGUCGAGUUGUUCGAUACCAAUAUGGAAUAUAUCGAAGAGGAAGUUUCCAAUAUUUGUGCGAGUAAUUGUAACGAGUUUGAAGACAACAACGGUGAAUACGUUAACACUAUGGACGUAGAUGAUAAAGCCGAAAUCUUUCCUACCUAUGAUGAUGAUGAUCAUAGUGGAGACAAUCCAGAAGCGGAUCAUACUAUUGCUGUAACCACUUCUGUCGUUGAUGAUGACCAUCCAGAAGUAGAAGCUGUUCAACCCACUGCGCCCAUCGAUGGAAGAAGUGAGACCAAACCAGAAGCGGCAAUUAGGAAGAAGAUCAAUUACCGCAGGUACAAGACAACGCGGAGGGAGCAUAAGAAACAGUGCCACGUUUGCGGCAUACGAGUACUUGAUUUAAACAGCCAUAUUGAAAGUCACGGCGAAACCGGUUACAAAUGCCAAUUUUGUGACAGAGUUUGUCCGAACCGGCGACAACUUCGAAUCCAUAUGAACCGCCACACCAAAGAGCGCGAAUUUCCUUGCCGUUACUGUGACAAAAUAUUCUACGUUUGGACAUCCCGGAAGGAUCACGAGAGAAAUAUGCACAAGAAAGAAAGAUUUCAAUGUGAUGUAUGUGACACCGUGUACAAAAACAAAAGUUACCUUCAGGCGCAUAAAAAGUUAGUGCAUUUGGGAAUUCGAAAUCUAAAAUGCACAAAAUGUACCUUCAGCACGUCUAUCAAGGCUCGAUUGCUCAACCAUGUCCGUAGCAUACAUACGAGUGAACGGCCAUACAAAUGUCCGGUAUGCAAUCACCAGUCAAACAGUAACACAGGAUAUUACAUUCACUUCCAAAGGCACAAAAAGUCUGGCGAGGCUACUAGUUAUGCGAUAAAGUGCGCCUAUUGCGAGGAAAUGUUCGAUAAGGAUGUCCCUCUCGAAGCUCACAUUCUCAAGGCGCAUCCUAAUCGAGCGGUUGUAAUUUAAAGACGAUUAAUAAACUGACAUUUCUUUUUA